AUGGAAUUAGUACCUUUUGAAACAACUAUUGAAGAAAUGAAAAAAAAGAAGGAAAGCCUGAUGAGUUACUAUAGAACCCAUUUAAACAAAAUUAAAAAAUCUUUGAAAUCAGGAGCUGGCAAAGAUGACGUGUAUACAACUAAUUGGUUUGCUUUCGAAACGAUGGACAAUUUCCUACGAGGAGUAUAUGACGGUGGCCGCACGUUUAAUACGCAGACACACGACGACAUUGAGAAUCUAGAAAGAAGUGAGGAAAAAAAUAAUGGAAAUCAGAAUAGUCAUCAUUUUUCUACUGGAACAGAAGAAGCUUCGCCAAAUAUACAAGAAAAUGAAACUCGUCUAAAAGAAAAUAAAUCUCAAAAUUAUAGUAAAAAAAGACAAGCGAGAGAUGAGUUGCCUCAAGAAAUCAAAGCAGCGCGACGCCAAAUGGAUGAAGCUUUUGAAUUCAUGAAAGAGAAUAAAGAUGAUGAAUAUUACAUGUUCGGAAGACUGCUCGCAAGUAAACUAAAAAAAAUAAGAAAUCCAAACACGCGUGAGAUAUUAAUGAAUGAUAUUCACAAUUUAGUCUUUCGUGCAUGUAUGGCAGAUCGACUUGAGCAGCAGUCUGCAGUACCUCAGUUUUCUAAAGCCCUGUCUCCACACCAUCAAGCAUUCAGCCCAUCACCAAAUCAUCAACCAUACCAGUCGCCUCCAGGCCCCUCCACAUCCAUGUCACUACACUAUCAAGCAUUAAGCCCAUCACCAAAUCAUCAACCAUACCAGUCGCCUUCAGGCCCCUCCACAUCCAUGUCACCACACUAUCAAGCAUUCAGCCCAUCACCAAAUCAUCAACCAUACCAGUCGCCUCUACCUCACGAUGCAAAUAGUCUAUCUCCAGAUCAGUUUUCAGUUCAAACUCACCAAGAGAAUUACCUAGAAAUACCACCGCCAACUCGUGCCUCACAAAUAGUAAUUACAGAGUCCGGUGAAAUGCAGAUAAUUAAAGAUAAAUAAAAAUUGUAAAUGCCAUGUUAAUUACUUCAAGUAACAAAUAAAUGAAAGACAAUAUAUAUAGUAUGUCGUUUUAUUUUCCAAAGUAAUAAAAACAAGAUAUUCAUUUAUUUGAAUACGCAA